CAUAGACGUCUUGCCCAUAUCGCACCCGAAUCUGUGAAGAAGCUGUUUGAACAAGACAUGGUCAAAGGAAUGGAAGUCUCGGGAUCAAUCACUCACGAAAAGCAAGUUUGCAAGCCCUGCCUCGAAGGCAAGCAGGCACGCAAACCCAUCCCAGACGAA